AUGGCCAACAUACCAGUUCCAGUACCGCUGAAGUUGGGCGGUGACGACGGAGAGGCGAUAAAAAUAUUCCGGCUGCAGUGGAAAUACUACGCCUUAGCCACGGAGGUAGCGAAAAAGGCGGCGAAUCAGCAAGUCGCGACCCUGAUGGCGGUCAUGGGAAUAGAAGGUGUGAUGCUAGUUGAGGAAUUGCAACUGACGGAGGAGGAGCUUGCGUUGCCGGAUGAAAUUUUAUCUCGGAUCGAGCAGCAUUUGAGACCACAACGUGACCGACGGAUGGAGCGUGCCGAGUUCAAUGCGAUGUGCCAGGAGGAAGAAGAAAAAAUAGAAGAUUUUGUGAAACGGCUUAAAAAGAAGGCGACCAGCUGUGGGUACACCGCGGCUCAGCAGGAAGAUCUGCUUAAAGAUCGAGUGAUAGCUGGUGUGCGAGACCAUCAGACGAGAAAGGAGCUACUCAAGGCUGGUGAUAUUCCGGUGGAUGACAUGGUGAAAAAAGUCAAGGAGCAUCAACAAAUCGAAGAGCUGGCACGAAAAUACGAACGAAUGUCAGUCACGAAGGAUUCUGCCAGGGAAACUUUCAAGUUGACAGCUACAAUGAAAUUUGUAAACAAGUGUAAGUACUGCGGCGGAAAACACCCGAAAGAUAAAAAAAAAUGCCCAGCGUUCGGAAGUAAAUGCCGUGCAUGUGGGAAGCUGAACCACUACAAAGCAGUUUGUCGUGCGAAUCGUGUGAGGAAUGGACCCAGGAACAAAAACAUCCGACAAAUGGAAGAUAGCUCUGGAAGUGCGGAAAGUUCAGAUGACGAGGAAGAAUGUGAGUACGUGGACAUUGCCAAGGUUGACGGUGAACAAAUGAAGGACGCUGGAAAAAUUAUGGUGCAGCUAAGAGUAGUGAAUUGCACUGGAGCACCAAAGCCUCUGGACAUACAAGUCGAUACAGGAGCCAGAGUGAACGUGCUUUGCUAUAGAGAUCUGAUGCGGAUGUCACCAAAUGCGAAGAUUUUUUCCACGAAAAUCAAAUUGAGGUGUUACUCGGGAAAAAUAAUAGCGCCGAAAGGAAAAGUGAACUUGGACGUUGAGUUAAAAGAUGGCUCCAAGUCACUAACUUUUGUGAUUGUCAAGAAAACAAGACCACCGUUGCUGUCGUCACAAUCGGCAAUCGACCUUGGAAUCAUCAAAGUACAGGAUAUAUACAAUGUGACCGCUUUGCAUCAGAGCUGUGAUGGGAUCCUCCCGGUCCAACAAAAAGCACGACGCAUUCCUCUCGCAUAUCUCCCGGAGUUGAAAACCAAGAUAGAGGAUUUAGAGAAAAGAGGAAUAGUUGAACCGGUCAACAGACACAUGGAGUGGCUGAGCAAUCUCGUGCUAGUUAAGAAAGGCGACAAAUUACGGCUGUGCCUGGAUCCGGCGGAACUAAACCAGGCUAUAAAACGUAUGAAUCAUCAGAUCCCGACGAUAGAGGAGCUGCUUCCGGAGUUUGCUAAAGCGAAAGUGUUCACGGUACUCGACGCAAAAAACGGAUUUUGGCAUUUGGAUCUAGAUGAACGGAGCUCGGAUUUGACGGCCUUCUGGACACCAAUGGGUGUGUAUCGUUGGAAGAGGAUGCCAUUUGGGAUUUCAUGCGCUCCUGAAGUUUUUCAAAAGGCACAACAACAGAUUAUUACCGGGCUUAGAGGCGUACGUUGUUUAGCAGAUGACGUAGUAGUUUUCGGUUGUGGUGACACAAUGGAGGCAGCCAUGCUCGACCACAAUCGAAAUUUGGAAGCAGUAUUUCUACGAUGCAGAGAAAGAGGACUCAAGCUGAACAGAGCAAAAGCAAAGGUGGCGUUAUCGUCGGUGCCAUUUUUCGGACAUAUUUUGACGGACAAAGGAGUUAAACCAGAUCCGGGCAAAAUAUCUGCUGUUUUGGACAUUCAACCUCCAGGAAAUAAGAAAGAGCUGUUGACUUUUUUGGGACUAGUCACCUACCUGGGGCGAUUUCUUCCGAGGUUGUCUGAAGUUAGUGCUCCACUUCGAAGGCUCACCCGUGACACAGCAGAGUUCGAAUGGAAUCAAGAGGCGGCAGAUUGUUUUCGAUUAAUUAAGCGGUUGGUGACAGAGGCACCCAUAUUGCGCUAUUACGAUCCAACUGAACCGCUAGUUAUUCAAUGCGACGCAAGCAUGCUGGGAGUUGGAUGUGUUUUACUUCAACUAGGCAGACCGGUGGCAUACGCCUCACGAACUCUGAGCAAGACGGAAAGAAAUUAUGCUCCUAUUGAACGGGAAUGCUUGGCAAUUGUGUUCGCGUGCAAGAGAUUUGAUCAAUAUGUGGCAGGAAGGUUUGCAGUCGUAGAGUCCGAUCACAAACCUUUAGAGGACAUUUUCAAGAAGCCAAUAACAGAUGCACCGCUACGUCUUCAAAAAAUGAGAAUGACGCUACAACGUUACGACAUAUCAGUUCGGUACCGAAAAGGUAGUGAAAUGCAUAUAGCAGAUUUGCUAUCAAGAACGGCCAUACCCAGCGAAAGGACCCAACAAAGCGACAAAGUGGAAGCGGCAUUUCAAGAAAUUGCUGAAGUCAAUGUUGUUGAGUUUAUCAGCGUUUCGGAUGAACGAUUUGGAGAGAUAGCGACUGAAACCAGAAAGGACCGAACUUUGUAUAGACUAUUGCAAUUGCUAAUCGACGGAUGGCCAGAAAAUAAAGCUGAUUUGGAAGAUGAGAUGUACGUUUACUGGGCAAUAAGAUACGAUCUUUCAACGUGUCAAGGAGUUAUUUUCAAGAGUGGCAGAGUGCUAGUGCCAAAAAGUCUACGAAAGAAGCUGCUAGAUAAUUUACACAUGGCGCAUCUAGGUAUUGACUAUACGCUUCGUGCAGCACGAGAGUCAUUCUUCUGGCCAGGGAUGACCGAUCAGAUUACAAAUUAUGUCCGAAACUGUGAAGUUUGUAUGGAGUUUAGCAGUAAUCAGUGCAAACCUCCCAUGACCACGCACCCUAUACCAGAGUACCCAUUUCAGCGAGUAAAUAUUGACCUGGGCGAAAUAAAGACUGGCAACAAGAAGUUAACUAUAAUGGUUACAGCUGAUAGUUUCUCAGACUUUGUCGAAGUAGAUUUCUUAAGCGACUCUAAAACCAAUACGAUUGUGAAAAUCUGCAAACGUAAUUUUGCACGACAUGGAAGUCCGGAGGUAGUGGUCACAGAUAACGGACCACAGUUCGACAACGUAGAAUGGAGGGAAUUUGCACGAGAAUGGGAUUUUAUGCCAGUAACGUCAUCUCCGUAUCACGCCCAGGGAAAUGGAAAAGCAGAAUCUUCAAUAAAGGCUAUGAAGCAGCUGUACAAAAAGUGCGUUAAAAGUGGAGCUGACUUUUGGAGAGCUCUACAGCAGCAUCGUAAUACUCCGAAUGCUGUAGGAUCCAGUCCGAACCAAAGACUGUUUUGCAGAACUACUCGAAGCACCGUACCAAUCAUCGCGAACCGACUGAAGCCGCCCAAGUCACAGGAUGUAGAGGAAAGUAUUCGACACAAGAGAGCUAUUACCAAAAUGAGUUACGACAAAAGAGCAAAGAAGCUGCCAGAGUUACAAGUUGGAGCAAAAGUGCUGGUUCAACGUAGACCGGAUCUUCACUCAACGUGGGAGAAAGCAGUUCUGUUGCGGCGACUCGAGGAUCAGUCAUGCGAAGUUGAAAUGAGCGAUGGCGCGAUAUACCGUAGAAGUGCGGUUCACGUGAAACCCGGCAAACGAAACGAACAAACAUCUGAAGUGGUGAAGCCAGUGCGACAGGAGGAGGCUGAACGUUUACAUCCGAUGUGUAUUACGAAGGAGUCAGUAGAGCAGAACAGCGAAGAUGAUCGAGAGUUGCCUAAUCCAGAGAAGCAGCGUGUUUAUGGCACUAUCAACGCAACUGGGGAUAAAACGACACUGCCACGACAGGAUCAACGUUUUUCUUCAAGCGUUGACCAGAGCGGCUCAACUGACGAGAAGGGUUUUCCGGAGAUUCCUGCAGAGCGACCUAGAAGAGAAGUGAAAAAACCAUCAAGAUUUUCAGAUUUUGUCAUGUAA